AUGAUAGAGUCUUCCAAUUUGAUAACGGGGCCGUCGUCAUUUCAAGAUGAUAGAAGAAACGAUAAUAAAGAGCAAACUUCGGGGUUGAGCCCUCGUUCAACACAGGUUGUUUCAGCUACAUCGGCCAGUACACGAGCGAUAUUUAUUCAAUUGACUUCAAUCUAUAUGAGAACACCGGCUAAACUCUUUCGACCGGCAAGAUUCGAUUACCUAACUGUGUCCAGGAUGAUGUUAGCUAACGAACUAGCUGGUAAGCCAUACCAUAUCUUCACACAUUCUAGUCCAGCUCUAUUAUACAAAUCAGUAAAACGAAUGGGGUGGAAAUUUAUACCUAACCAAGUGUUGCCACCACUUAUUGCUAACUCUGCAAUUGGAUUAAUACUUUAUUCUACGUACCUAACGUUUUUACAAAUGUUCACUAUAAAUCGUGGGUGGAAGUGGACAAUUAGUGGGAUUCAACCUGGAAAGAAAGAUGAGAGUUGGUAUUCUUGGAUGCUAUCAUUUUAUGACUGUUUCAGAGCAGGUAUGAUAGCUGGAGGGAUUAGCAGUAUUGCCGCGAGUCCAGUAGAUGCAUUGUACUCUCGUUCUAACUAUGCAGAGAUCGUGAAAAGUGGAGUUAAGGACGACGGAUUGUAUAAGUACGCGUGGAAGAAGUUGAAGGAGAUUGGCGUCUUUGGUAUUUUUGCUGGUUUUUGGCUCAGUUUUGUGAAGGAAUCGUUGGGAUUUGGGGCUUAUUUUGCAGUUUUUGAAAUUGUUAAAAGUAAAGGCUACAGUAGUACCAAAAGCGUUAUUGAUUGGUUCGAUCGGAUCAGAGGACUAGAGGUGGACCCUAAUGAUGUCAACACGAGAAAAUCAGCAAAAGCCUUACAGCUGACUUUCGUUUUAUUUGCUGGUGCAUCAGCGGCAAGUGCCCUGAUAGGUAUCCAGUAUCCUUUCAAUAAAGUACAAAAGAUCCACUUGGCUAGGUUAGAGGCGUUGGAUAUUUUUAAUGAAGCAAAUAAGAUUGAAACAUCAAAAUGGUUCAAAUUGUAUUACAACUCAUACAAGCAAACAUUUGAUAUAUUAAAUGCAAGAAAAAUUAAAUCACAAUUGACAUGGCCAGCUUUUAUGUACAAAGGAUUUCUUCGAUAUACAUUGACCAGUAUUCCUGCUACCUCGAUUGGUUUGUUAGUAUUUGAAAUUUCUAGGCAAAAACUUUCAAUUGAAAUACAGGAUUCACUCGAUAGAAAACUAACACCUUAA